CGCGAACUUGUUUACUAGUAAAUGUUAAUUAAAUUGAAUAAUCUUUAUUUUUUUUUUAUUUUGUCCUGCUAAUCAUAACUAAACAAAAUGAAGUUCCGUUCUGUGAUGAUAGACGCUGGGCCGAUGAGGGAGUUUGCAAACAUAGUAACGACUAUAUCAAAGCUUUCCAAGGAGUGUGUGUUGAGAAUAGCCGAGGAUAAACUGUAUUUUAUAGUGAGCGAUGAUAGCAAUGCCCCGGGUCCACCAAUUCUGUGGUGUGAGAUACCUCAUACAAUGUUUUUCUCUGAAUAUCAAAUGGUUGGUUUGGACGAUGAACAUAAGGACAUUUAUUUAGGCUUUGCAGCAGCAAAUUUAGCUAGGUCGCUGGUGACCUUAAAAUCAGCUAAGACCCUCAAAAUGAAGCUCACUAAGAAACAAUGUCCGUGUCUAACCUUAGAGAUUGAAAUGCCUUCGUCAACUUCUCAGCAAACAAGACACGUCACACAUGACAUCCCAGUCGUCGUUAUACCGAGGAAGAUGUGGUCCGACUUCCACGAACCAAACACUACGGUGCCUGACAUAUCAAUAGAACUACCGCCACUAAAGCAGCUUCGCACGACCAUAGACCGAAUGCGUACAAUGGCGCCUGAGGUGGUGAUACGGGCGUCGGCCGAAGGUCGCCUCACGCUGCAGAUUAAGACUGAUAUGGCGAAGGUGUCUACCAGGUUCAAGGAUUUGAGGGUGGAGGCUUUUGCAGGUCCGAUAGAGCAUUCAGACUCUGAAACGGAGACCCAAGUGAACGAAGACACAUCCCGAGUAUGCUACUGCAGGGUUGACACCAAAAAGCUAUCGAUAUUCCUGAGCGCAGACCAGAUAUCCCACAACCGGACUGUGUGUAGCAUUGUUCAUAAAAAACUAGUGAUUCUGUGUUUGCAAACCGAAGAAAACGUCAAGUUGCAAUGUUUUAUCAGUGGGAUUGUGUACUAAUAAUUGCAUGGAGGGAUUGUGGAAAAGUUCAGCAGUGGACGUACUAUCGGCAACAGUGUUAACUGCCCAUUGUCAGUCAUGUCAUCUCGCUCUAUCGCAAAGAAUCACCAUUUGAUGAGAGCGAGAGCAAAAACGGAAAUGGAUAGUUAACAGUGUGGCCAAAAAAGUUGAAAAAAAACCUCUUAAUAGCCUCUAUGGAGUCGUGUUCCUGUAGUGGAGACUCAACGCCCGGAUUCACAAACGAUGCUUGCUUAAGUAAAACAGCAAAUCGAACGCACAGC